CCCUCCAUUUCACUUCUUGGAACUUCAUGCUCUUACCAAAGCGAAUCAAAAGGUCUUCUGUAUUUCUCUCCGCGAUUGCCUCUGCAAGGGGAUGUGAUUUCGGUGCAAGUUCGUGAUUAAGGAAUCAUUAGCAACAAUGCCAAUGGCAGCCGUCGCCGAUAUUCAGGCUCGGAUCGUUGAUCUUCAUACUCCAUCUUCAUCGUCGGUUUCUGAAUCAGAAAAUGACGAUUUUGGUUCGAGUUGUGAUGAUUGCGAACUACUACAGAAUACAUUGGCUUUUGAAGACAGUGUUGGAUUUGACAACCACGUUGUUCGUUUGAAGAGCCCUCUCACUGAUACGGAGAUGGUGGAUGCGCUUGAUUGUUCGAAGGACUUAUACAUUCCUACUUUCGAGUAUGAGGAUGAUGUCGUGCUUGAUAGCGAGGACGAAGGAAUUAAUGGAUGUCGAGUGAUUAGAGUUUCCAGCAACCUGUCAAGAAAUGAAGCGGGCUGGGAAGUUAAAAGUGAUUCACAAGAUGAGAAUAUGACAUUGGAUUUCAACUCUUCUGAUCAGAAGCCAUGCGAUACAGGGGAGCAAGUUUCUUCUAAUUGUUUGAAUGGGGUUGACAUGGGGAAGGAUUCAUAUCAACUUUCGCCAAGGUUAAGCUAUUGCAGUUCUCAAGAACCAGGAGAUUCAACCCAAGUCAAUGCUCUUGGCUUUGUGGAUCAGUUUGUAACUCUAAGUACUACAAAUGUAAAUCUUUCUCAAGGAAGAGAGGCUGCUAGAGUGCAAUCUCCUCUUCUUUCAAGAAUUAAGGGACCUCAAAGUUUGGCAAAGAGAAUAGGUAGGAAGUCGAUUGAAGAAACAAGGAACUUUGAGUGGGUUGACAUUUACAAUCAAGAAGCAGAAUGCAACUUAUUUGCCAAGUGCAAAAAGGCAACUUCUGAUUUUGUUAACUGCAGAGGGCAGUCAUGUGCAACCAAGCCUCAGAAUAUCGCAAAACUGAGCAAUAAAGAAGGCGAUUGUUUGCUCAAAAAGUAUGAAGGUGAGGAAGCAAGUGCAGGCAUUCAGUUCCAGAUUGAUCCAACUGCUUCAACCUUGCCACAUCCAAGAUUGGAUAUCUCUUCAUCAGAGAUAGAUGGGAUGAACAACAUUGAAAUAGAGAAUACGUUCAACAAGGAACCAAAUGCAAAAAUAGCAGAGGAACAGUUUGGCUCUAUGGAUGAUGAGGGAGAUGAACUCGAAGAAUUAGAUAUUGGUUUUAGUACCCAAAUAGCUGUUGAAGCAAUGGAAGCAUUGUCUUAUAUCCCAGAUAGUAACAAACUUGCCAAUGCCUGCAGUCCAGAGAACGCCUUUGAUAACAUUUCGUGCUCUAUAAUUGAACAUAAACCUCAUUUGAAUAAUUCCUAUCCUCAAAUUAUGAGAGGCGCAGUUAGAAAGUCAAAGCGAGCACUGCAUUCUAAGAAGAAGCUUAAUGCAAAGUGUUUGACUAGAUCUCAAGCACAAUAUGACCGUCAGGAGUUAGAAUCCGAUUUGACAACUAAGAGACAAGCAAAAAGAAGUAGAUUGGCGGUGAAGGGACGGUUGAAUUAUAGAAAGUCUCCUGAUGGGAGCAAUUAUUCAGCCACAUCUUCCAAUCUACUCAGCGAUAUAGGUAGUUGCCAACUGAUUCAGCGAGGUCUCACUAAGGGAGAUCAAGUUACCAUCACCAGUUUGAUGGUCGGUUUAUGGAGCCACCCCAGGAGGAGAAGAACACCACGCAACUUCCAAAGUCAUCCAAAUAAAUCAAACAAUCAGAACAACACUUUUUUAGCAGUUGAGGGAAGUUGCGAGAAUUCCAUCUUAAUGAAAACUGGGACAUUAGGCAGAAAUUCUAACAGGAAAAAUACAUCAAGGUCCAGCUGCAAAUUUGAUAUUUAUCACAAAACAACACCCAUAAUGCUACCACAGUCAUCUUCGAAAGAGCUUGCACGAUUAGGUGUCUCAGAGUCGAUGCCUGAUCUCAGAUGGAAAGAUUUGAGGAGAAGAAGAACAAUGGCUUUGGUAAGAGUAUGUUUUAGCCAGCAUUUGGAUGAAGUUACCCUCAAGCAACAAAAAAAGGUAGUCUUACAACUGGGUAUAUCAAUUGCAUCGAGUUCUGCAGAUGCCACACAUUUUGUAGCAGAUAAGUUCGUUCGUACAAGAAACAUGUUGGAGGCUAUUGCUCUCGGUAAACCAGUGGUUACACACUCAUGGCUUGAAAGUUGUGGACAAGCAAGCUGUUUUAUUGAUGAAAAGAAUUAUAUUCUAAGAGAUACUAAGAAGGAGAAGGAAAUUGGUUUUAACUUGCCUGUUUCCAUAUCUCGUGCUACCCAAUGUCCACUUCUACAGGGUCUCAGAGUCUUCGUCACCCCAAACAUAAAACCUAGUAAAGAAAUCAUUACUAGUUUGGUAAAGAUGUCUCAGGGUGAGCCUAUUGAGAGGAGUCAGAUUUUCACUGGGAAGGCUGAUAAGUUCCCCGACGAUCUACUUAUUCUUUCAUGCGAAGAAGAUUAUGCGAAUUGUGUUCCUUUCCUUAGAAAAGGAGCAACCAUUUACAGUUCCGAGCUUCUAUUGAAUGGGAUAGUUAUCCAGAAACUUGAAAACAAACGGCAUGAGCUCUUCACAUAUUGCACGAAAGGUUUUGAUGACAGCCAAGACCAGUAGAGCAGUCGAAAUACUCUGUCCUCUUCCCUCUCUACCUCCAUGGAAAUGCUGGUAAAAAUGGCUGAUGGGUACGUAUUUCCACUUAAGAGAUAAUAGUCCUUUAUAUCUUCAAGUCAUUUUGGAAGACAGGAAACUUUGUAAAUAUUUUUGUUUCUAUAAUGAAUAUCCAUCAAGAAUUUUGUGGGCACUGUUUUUCUGUUCUAUUUUUGUUUACAACAGCAUGGCAAUAUUUUUUUCUUUUAUUUUCAAACAUUUUUUUGGAUGGA